AUGGAGGCUGCAGAGAGCGAACUCAGGUUGGAUGUAGUAGCGCGCAGCCUUAGCGGAGUUCUUCGGUGGGUAACCAUGUUUCUUGAAGCAACGAGACUCGUAGUGACCAUCAAGACCACAAAAAUCACAGUGGUAAUGAGGUUUAGGGCGGCGAUUUAUGGUUGGGACGGCCCGGGCGUGAAGGGCCGAUUGAGUAAGAGAUGGUUCAAAGCCGCCGAUAUGGAGCGUUGGCGUUCUUCUUGGAGCAAUAGAGAAUAUGCACAGAUUGAUGGAAGGCGCGGGUCCAUCGAAGUAGCCGGAUCUUCUAAGGAUCUUCUAGUAUCUCCAAUACUGGUGAACCUGGCGGGGAUCAUGGAGAGAGCGGACGAGUCUCUGCUGCCUGGUGUGUACAAGGAGGUUGGGGCUGCUCUCAACAUUGACCCAACGGGCCUCGGCUACCUCACCCUCUUCAGAGCCAUCGUGCAGGGCUGCUGCUACCCACUCGGAGCCUACCUCGCAAUCAACCACAACAGAACCCACGUGAUCGCCCUCGGCGCUUUCCUCUGGGCCGCUGCGACCUUCAUUUUCGCCAUCUCCUCCACUUUCUUUCAGGUAGCAGUUUCAAGAGCUUUGAAUGGGAUUGGACUGGCCAUUGUUAUACCUGCCAUUAAGUCCCUUGUUGCUGACUCAACCAAAAACACCAACCGUGGUAUAGCUUUUGGAUGGCUACAGGUGACUGGAAACUUAGGCUCAAUCAUUGGAAACCUAUGCUCAGUUCUGUUAGCUUCGACAUCAUUCAUGGGGAUCCCUGGUUGGAGAAUCUCCUUCCAUCUAGUUGGAAUGGUGAGUGUUGUUGUCGGUAUUUUGGUACGCCUAUUUGCAAAUGAUCCACAUUUUUCAGAGGACGGUGCUUAUGCCAGAGAUCCAGGCCCUCAUGAACCCAAAAAAUCAGCAGUGAAGUCACUAAUUGAGGAAGCCAAGUCAGUGAUGGAAGUUCCAUCUUUCCAGAUAAUUGUAGCACAGGGUGUGACAGGUUCGAUCCCAUUCUCAGCUUUGUCAUUCGCACCUAUGUGGUUGGAGCUCAUUGGCUUUUCCCACAAACAAACAGCUUUCCUUAUGACCAUUUUUGUGGUUGCUGGUUCUCUUGGUGCGCUCUUUGGAGGAAGGAUGGGGGAUUUCCUUUCGAAGCGUUUCCCAAACCGUGGCAGGAUAGUUCUAGCGCAGAUAAGCACAGGAUCGGCUAUCCCACUAGCAGCAGCACUGUUGUUGGUUCUACCCUAUGACCCCUCCACUGCUUUCAUUCAUGGUUUCGUCUUAUCAAUCACGGGUUUCUUCAUACAUUGGAAUUCUGCAGCUACAAACAAUCCAAUAUUUGCAGAGAUAGUUCGUGAGAAGUCACGUACUACUGCCUAUGCUCUGGAUCGAUCCUUCGAAUCAAUAUUGGCAUCAUUUGCUCCACCUGCAGUUGGGUUUCUAGCUCAGCAUUUAUAUGGUUAUAAACCAGCUCCCAAGGGAGCCAGCAAGUCUGUUGAAGUUGAAAGAGACAGAGAGAAUGCUGCAUCAUUAGCCAAGGCACUUUAUAUGGCAAUAGGAAUUCCGAUGGGUCUAUGUUGCCUAAUCUACUCCUUUCUCUAUUGCACCUACCCAAGAGACAGAGAGCGAGCAUCGAUGCAUGCAUUAAUACAAUCAGAAAUGGAGCAGAUGGAAUUAGAUAAUCCUCCUGCUGGAGUGGAAGAUGCUUAA